CUUAAUGUUCUGUGCUUAUUAGGUCUUCCAUUCAGAAUGACCAUUAAUAAAGAAAUAUUUGUUGAUCUGCAUGAAAAAUACCAAAAAGUAUUGAAACUUCUCUUAGAAGACAGCAAAUAUGAUCCAGAAACCGAACCGUAUUUAUCAAAAUAUUCCGCUAAACAAAUUUUAAUAGGUAUGAAGGCAAAUAUAGAAAAUAUUUUACGGAGUCAAACUCCAGGAACGCAGGAUCACUUAAAGUUUACCGCCAUGCUUGGAUCUGUUUACUUAUAUUUGGGAACUGUGGCUAUUGAUACAGAAGAACUGUCUUUGGGAGAAAAACAUUUGGAAAAGUGUAAGGAGGUUAUUUGCUUAUCUGAAGAUGUUCCCCAAAUGAUAUUAAUUGCGCUGAAUAUGUACAACCAGUUUGGGAUCCUUUGGUCAAAAAGUGAUCCAGAGAAAUCCAAAUUUUACCUAGAAGUUGCUGAACAACUGUAUAAAAAUUUUAAAAACUCUGGAAACAUACCCGUGGAUAUAGCUGACCUUUUUGAACCCAAUCUAGCCACCUACCAUGAUAAUUUGGCUAUAAUAAAUUUUGAAAAGUUACAUACUUUGACUUUAUAUUACUUGGCCCAGAUUUUUGGUGUGCUAAAACAGACAUUUAAAAGUGCAGUUUAUUGCCACAUCACAUUAAAAAGGCAAUUAGAAAUGGAUGAUUAUGAACCAAUAGAUUGGGCAUUGAACUCUGCAACACUGUCACAAUUUUUUAUGGAGAAAUGUGGUUUUAAACAAGCUCGUCAUCAUUUAGCAGCCAGUUUAUAUAUACUUGAUAAAUAUAAAGCAGAUUUAUUUUCGGGAACAGACCAGGGAGAGAUUUUAGAUUCUAAAAUUGAAGUGUUUAAUCAUCGCAGUGCAGAUGUGGCACGUUGUUGGGUCAAGUAUGGAAUAUUUUUAUUGAACAAGUCAAAAGAAAGAUUGUUAGCACACACUGAGGAUAUUGACGAAAAUUGCAAAAUAACGUCAGACCUUGCAAAAAUCGAGCUGACGGAUGAAGCGCAAGUUUCAAUAGAUGAUUUACAAAAUUUGUCGUUUACAUCUAUUAGUGUUGACAAGUAUGAAAAUUGUAUUUCAGAUCAAUUUGCAUUAACGAUUGCAGAUGCCAAACGGAUAUUUGUUAAUGCUCAAGAAUGGAUAGGAAAAGCACAAGAAUAUUAUACUUUAGAUACUCAUGCCUCGGAUUAUAUUGAGAUCGUGUUGGAUUUUACUCAGUUAUAUUUAAAUUUGAUUUUUUUUGAAGAUAACUAUGAUAGCCAAGCAAAAUUGCAUAAGAGAAGGAUAGAUCUGUUAGAAACUCUUAGUGCUAACAUCAACUCGCAAUACUAUAUGCACUACUCUAGACAGAUGUGGUUUGAGUUGGGUCGGACUUACUCGGAUUUAUUAGAUAUUAAAGCAGAAAAAUUAAAAGAAUGCAAUGACCGACCAAAGCCCCAAGCUCUAAACAAAAUAAAUUCUCUUGUUGAUAAAAGUAUAAAAUAUUAUAAACAAUUUAUAGAUUCAUUUAAGUUGGACAUUACAAAUUUGGAAAAAAUUCCAGAUGAAAAUGAAAAGCCAUUUUUACAAGCAUACUUCCAUGUUGCCGCACUUUUUGGAAGAUACAUUACCUUGGAUAAACAGUUCCAAUUGAAACACAAUGAGCAACAAUACGCCCAUUACAAAUAUAUAGCAGAUUACUGUGAAAAACAUUUGAAGGCACAAGAGCUUAUUCCCAUGGAACUUGGGAUAUGCAAAGAUAUGGUUACCCUGUUACCUAUUAAGUUGCUGAGGCUUAAACAAACAGUUUCUUAAUAAUUAUAGUAUGUGUAUUGUUAUUACUAUUUAUUUUUUAUUUGUAACUAAGAAGUUGUAAUAUAAGUAUAAUUUAUUUUUAUUACACCGCUAAUUUUUGGUUGCUAUGGUGCAAUUAACUAGUCAUUUAGUCCUUCAUUUGUUUCUGGUAUAUAAUAAAUGCAAAAUAAGCGUAUAACAUAUUUUUUUAUUUUUCACAAGCUCAAAGAAAAGCAAUUUUGUCCUGCAUUAAGGAUACGCAAAAUGCAUGCCUUACUUUUUGAUUAUUUUUCCAUACAUUUUGUUUCGUUGAUUGUAUUCGUGUCAUACUCUCGCUUGACGAAAAUUCUUACUAGACCUAGCUUAUAUUUUAUACAUAUAGUAAUAAGCAUAUCGCUUUAAUUGCUACGGAUUUAAUGUUUUUAGGCAGAAUGCCAGGAUCAUUCGGCCACGGUAAAA